UUUAAAUGCAAGCCGGACUCUCUUUUUGUAGGCGACUUGUGUGUGAGUGUGUGAGGACCAUCCAGCAGCAUGGUCAGUCGUGUGGAGCAUCCAGCUGCAGGCUACAGGAAGAUCUUUGAGACAGUGGAGGAGCUGAACGAACCUAUACCUGCUGAGAUCUCUGGUGUUAUACCUUCAUGGCUGGGUGGCAGUCUUCUCAGAGUGGGUCCAGGCCUUUUCGAAGUGGGAGAUGAACCUUACCAUCACCUUUUUGAUGGACAGGCUCUCAUGCACAAGUUUGACCUGAAGGACGGUCAGGUGACCUACUACAGGAAGUUCAUCAGGACGGAUGCGUAUGUCCGUGCCAUGACAGAGAACCGAAUAGUCAUCACAGAGUUUGGCACAGCAGUCUACCCAGACCCCUGCAAAAACAUCUUCUCCAGAUUCUUUACUUACUUCAGAGGCAUUGAGAUAACAGAUAACUGCACAGUCAACGUCUAUCCAAUCGGCGAGGAUUUCUAUGCCACCACAGAGACCAAUUACAUCACCAAAGUUGAUCCCGACUCGCUGGAGACUUUAAAGAAGGUGGACCUGUGCAAGUACCUGUCAGUGAAUGGGUUGACUGCCCACCCCCACAUUGAUGCAGAUGGUACAGUCUAUAACAUUGGCAACUGCUUUGGCAAGAACAUGAGUCUGGCUUAUAACAUCGUCAAGAUCCCACCUGCUCAGAAAGACAAGUCAGAUCCCAUAGAGAAAUCCCAGGUCGUGGUUCAACUUCCCAGCAGCGAGAGACUAAAACCCUCCUAUGUUCACAGUUUCGGUAUGACAGACAACUAUUUUGUGUUCGUGGAGCAGCCAGUAAAGAUCAACCUGCUCAAGUUCCUGUCGGCUUGGAGCAUCAGAGGAGCCACAUACAUGGACUGCUUUGAAUCCAACGACAGCAUGGGGACAUGGUUUCACCUGGCCACUAAGGACCCAGCUGAGUAUCUGAGCAGCCACAAGUUCAGAACGUCAGCGUUCAACAUUUUCCACCAUAUUAACACCUAUGAGGAGGAGGGGUUCAUCGUGGUCGAUCUCUGCACAUGGAAAGGUCAUGACUUUGUGUAUAACUACCUGUACCUGGCCAACAUAAAGGAGCAGUGGGAGGAAGUGAAGAAAGCAGCGAUGAGGGCUCCUCAGCCUGAGGUCAGACGUUACGUAUUGCCGCUGGAUAUACAAAAGGAGGAGCAGGGGAAGAAUCUGGUCUCUCUCUCCUACACAACAGCAACUGCUGUUCUUCGAAGCGAUGGCACCAUCUGGCUGGAACCUGAAGUCCUCUUCUCUGGACCAAGACAGGCCUUUGAGUUUCCCCAGAUUAACUACUCUCUGUGUCGUGGGAAGAAGUAUUCCUUCGCUUAUGGUCUUGGACUCAACCACUUUAUCCCUGACAGGAUAGUCAAGCUGAACGUACAAACCAAAGAGACCUGGGUGUGGCAGGAGGACGACUGUUACCCCUCAGAGCCGCUGUUUGUACCAACACCUGGAGCCACAGAGGAGGACGACGGUGUGCUGUUGAGUAUCGUGGUGAAGCCGGGUGCAGAGAGACCAGGUGUCCUGCUGGUGCUGGAUGCCAUGAAACUGACAGAGCUGGCCAGGGCUGAGGUCAACACCAUUAUCCCAGUGACCUUCCACGGCAUGUACAAACCAUGACCUUGACCUACAUCCUUACCCAGCCAGCACACAUCCUAAAAUACAUCACCUUCACUUCUUGCCAGCUAACUACUUAUUGUCUCUUGCCAAUCUGCUGUUUAAGCUUAACAACGCAAAACAGAAAAACUCACCAAAAAUAACUUCACAAAUUCAAAGUACAUUAUUUCCCCUUGCAGUGACUUCUCAUCAGCAAUAAAUCUGUGGUUAAUGCAAUUUCUUGAAUAUUUAAAGCUUGAAUUUAAGCGUUAUUGUAUUCACGAGGCUCUUGGGACAUAUUAUAAAGCAUGGUAUGUUUAUCAUUACAUGUAAUGAAUGUUAUUUCCACUUCUCUCUGAACUGAAGUUUUUUGCUGCUGAGUUUGCUUGAAGCUAUUGCAGUGUCUGUUGAUUGUAAUGUAAAAUGCUCAGUUUCUCCUUAUAAAGACAACUGAACAGUGUCCUGUAACUGGUGGAUAAAAACAGUGCCUGUGUACAGAGAAAUUAUCAAUGACAUGACUUUGCUUUUGUUAAAACACCUUGGCAAAAAAAAAUCUUAUUUACUGCAUUGGCAAAGUUUCAUAUCAGAAUUAAAAUAGCACUUGCAUAUUUGUAAAACCAUUGUGGUAAACCAUUAAAUAGAAACAAUAUUUUCAGAAAUUUUGAAAUAUGUUUACACGUUCUUUUGUAAAAAAAUAA